CUUGUCAGCAGCAAGAGGGGUUCCUUCUUGUCCGAUCACCUCAUGUUUUGUUCCGUCCCACUAUCCUCAUACAUGUCCUUCGACUGCGUGGACUGUGUUGUACCGCCGCAUUGCUCGUCAUUAAUUAUUCUUCUGCUUGACUCUGACCUUAGCGCUAGCUAAGUGGACGAAGCUUCAGGGCUGGACAUCGCAAGCAGCAUUUCUACACAAUUUUUUGAUGAGCUUUUCGAAGACCCUGUCUACACUGAAUACUGGAGAAAUCGCUUUGAAAACAUCGUAUGAAUAUGCAAUCUUCAUCUCUACCAUCCAGGAUCAGAGAAUCUGCAGCGGGAUUGGCCAAAGAACUAUUUUCGAACUCUGCUCAUGGCGCCUCAGAAACGACAAGCGAGCUUGCAACGCUGAGGAGUGUUCAUAAACUUUCUUCUGCGACUUCAUCACAUGGAACGUCCUCGUCAUCGCGGCUACCCAAGGCUUUGAGCAAUAGGCACAAAAAUGCCACUGACUAUUCGCGCUCUUCAAGAUAUUCUGCCGACCCUGACUCGUCGGAAGCAAACGAUGAGUUUUCUGGAUUCCUGUUGCAGGAGUGCGAUAUUGGAGAAUCGAGCACAUCGAGCUCUCGAUCAGGAUCUGACCUAGAUUUGACUUUGACGAUUGAGGAUGGCUCUGUGAGAAGGCAUGCGAGCCAUCUGAAAAGGAAUGACAGCUUCGAGCCUGAACUGUCGAGGUCGAGGUCGAAGCAGAAGUCACCAGCACAAUCGAUUUACAAGGACAUCGGGUCAUCACAGGAAGGCUACUAUCUAAAGACUUCGUCACUAUGUCAUUACGACCAGAAUGACCAUUUCGAACAAUCUUUCACCAAAUUUAGUCGAGACCAACAGCAAGGGCUGCCAUUGGGACAUUCGGAUAAAUCGGUUUCUGCCAUGUCGUCUUCUGAUGCGGACGCAACACGACGAAAGGAGAGAGCGUUGAGCAGGCUGCAGUUGAUUUUCUCUCAAAUGCCAGCUGUGACGCAAGUUGAAAGACAUACAAUACUUGAUCAAAGAAAUGCUUUUGAGUCUUCUUACAACCAGCUCUGUGGAGGCGAAGAUGCACAGGAAUGGGCCGAGUUUGAGGCGUCUUUGUUUCAUGCGUACAGCAUGCAAGACAGUGACCAGGUUCACGCUCAAACACAGCAACAAGAGACGUCUGCAGCCACAGGGAGACAAGGCAACAUGCAUGGGAACGGGUUGAUGCAAAAUCUGCAACAGCCAAAAGAAGUUGUACGGCAUGUGCAGAAUCAAGCAGCGGAGAGAAGUCAAGAUCAAUCAAAGGACAAAGCGCCCUUGCCCGAGUUCCAUUGCCCCUGGAUUGACUGCCACAGCAGAUUCCAAAUGUGUGCAGACUACAUCCGAGACACAGACAACCCAGACUCUCUUCCAUGUGUACAUAGCGGUUGCGAGCUUGAAUUCGCCACGGAAGAGGUCUGGCGUAAGCACGUUUCCAUUGCUCACCAUAAUUUGCUCCCUAGACUUCAGCAGGUCGAGGCGACCAACAUGGAGGCGGCCUGGGGGAAGCUACAGGCGUGAAGAAGUGCUGUAUAUAUCACUUGAUAAUUUGAGAACCAAAACACUUGUUGGGCUUGGGAAUAACAGUUGCAUUGAUGGUAUCGAAGGCGUCAUCGUCUAUGUUGAACGUAAGAAGGUUUCAAGAGAAAAGUAG